UGACGCAACUCCCAUGGAUUUUAGUAUUGAUUUAGAUAUUGCUUUGAUUUUUCUGUUCUCCUUUUCCCCUCACGAAGUCCGUUUUAAAAUGUGAAUUUAUCUGGUGUGGCUAUUGCAAUUUGCUUGUGGCUUGGUCAGUAAAGCACUUUUGCAUGGAGAACUAAAGUUCAUUGCUGCUGUUUUAUGGUAUUUUGUUAAGCCCACUCCAAAUUCAUUGUUAAUUAUAUUAUUAAAGUGCCCUUGAGUUUAGCUGUAAUUCAAAACGAAAUACCUCCUAUAUAGUCUUCAGCUGCUUACUAUACUGUAGUAUUUUCCUGCCCUUGUUUAACUUGUAUAACUAGCAGCUAUCCAGAUUACUGUAAUAGAAUCACUAGCUGAGCUAAUGCAAGUUGCAAAACCUAGUUCCUUCUGUAAAAGGAAACAGGAGGGAGCAAGAACCUUAACCUUUUAAUAAGUCUCCUCUUUGCAUCUAAAAAGGAACAAACUGUGAUAUGCAGGCAAAUGCUUCUGUUGAAACCACCCACCCAAAAAUGCUGGGUACUGUAUAUGUGUGAGCAGAAGCAGUGCAACAGCAGUCAUCUUUUGGGCCUCAGAUCAUACUCAGCUGUUUUGUCUUUAUGCUGUAUGUUAAAAAUGGUAAUGGCUGUUUGAGAUGACUAGCCCAUGAUGCUGCAUUUUCUAAGUAGAAUUUAAGAAUGUCUCCUUCUCUCUUCAGAGAGGAAGCUGUAAUCAUCCUGUUAAUUGGAUUUUAUAUUUCUCCAUUACAGUGGGUGUAUGCUUUGCUGCUUUAGUUCUGUGGGUUGUGUAGGAGUUGGCAACCUUUUGAGAUAUAAAUAGAAGCUGAUUUCAGAGGCCCCUGUUGACGAGGUUGUGUGUUUGAGCCUCUUGCUCAGCCUGUCACAUUGCAGCCUUGUGACAGGCGGAAGCUAAUGCAUUCACCCAUGUGACCUAAGCUUCUGAGAAAUACUAAGGAAAGCAGGCACACAUGUGAUACUAUUAUAAGCUGGUUUUCUAAGGGAAAGACAGAACUGAACGUGUAACAUUAAGUGGAUGACUGCUAAAUUAUGGAGUCCCAUCCUAGUUGGCAGCUGCUGCUAUGACAAGCAAAACAUUUCUGUCAUAAAGAGCUUGAAACAGUUAGGUUUAUGAAACCAAUAGUCAUUUGAAUUUCCCCUUUUCAUUAAUCCAAAAGUACAAAGAGCAUAAUUUAGUUUCUGGUGGAUAAAUAAUUAUUAAUGGAUGAUAAAGGUAUAUUUGUCUUCAUGCUGGUGUGUGCUUUUUAAAGGAAACGUUAGUCAGGUGAUACUUGGACCUGGUACAAGAAAAAUGAAAUGGCACAAUUUCUUUAACAGUCACUAGAAAAUAACAACUUGUCCUUUUUUAAUUAUGGGCAUAUUUCCCGUAGGGAAAGAAUGUGCUGACAGGAGCCAUGAAAGUGCUUGUAUUUACAUUAUAUCCAAAACAACAAUUAAAACCUAAAAAUAGAUUUAAAUAGCAUGUGGUAAAAUAUGUUUACAACAUACUCAUUUUUAAGAGGAGUAAAUUGGAGCAAUGGAGACUCAUUCAUGGAUACUGACAUGUUUAGAAUUAUUAAAAGGGACACCACUCACUUAAAAUUAGCACUUCUAUCCUCUGAAUAUCUAAAUUGUAAAGCCUAAAAUUACUAUAGAAGAAAAUAUUUUCUGUAUUUUUAGGUCAUCUGGCAGCACUUUGUAUAGUCCACUGUUUGUGCUGCAUAGCUGAUCAGUUCCAUCUGCAUGGGUCCUUAAAAUAAAUAAGAGAAGUGGUUGUAAAACCACAAUUCGGUAGGAGAAGCCUAUGGCAAGUGUCAAAAAGGUCUUGUACUCAAGGUACUAAACUAGAGAUAUAGAUCAAGAGAUGUCACAAACUAUCUGAGUGACCUUGUGCAAGUCACCUAAUUUCUUUGCUUCGAUUCCAGAUCUGUAAAAGGUACAUGUAAUUGUUCCUUUUUGCCCCUUGGUAUGCCUUGUCUAGUUUGUAAAUUUUCUGGGUCAGGGAUUGUUUCUGUGUAUUUACAGUACUUGCUAUAGUGGGCCCUAAAUCUCCCUUGGAGCCACACAGUGAUAGUUUCAGCUACUAUAGUCUCUCUAAAGAAAGGCUUAUCACCCUUAGCAGAUGCAGACCUUUAAUUUACAGAAUGUAUGUUUUGGUCCAUAGCAAGCACCUAUGUAUCAACAUAUGUAUAUUGGGUUGCUGUGAAUCUUAAACUUGUCUUUUCAAAUAUCCGUAAUUCUCUUUGGAUGUUACUAGAGAGAGAGACACUAAUAUGGAGAGGCUGUUUUUGUCAAAAUAUCUAGCUCUUUUCAAGCUUUAAAAAGUUCAAUGUGCCCCGAAAGGUAUAUUGUUUUAAAACACAAUUUUUCUAAUGGCCCAGUCGAAGAUUUUAAUUUGCCCUGGAUUUGUAGCAGAUCACUUGAUUAUACUGUGCUCCUGUUAUAAUAGUGCUCUUGGGAGCCAAGGAUUCAUUGCUAUAUCAAGUUUUCUGCUAAACUCGCAUUGCAGCGAUAAAUCACUAGUGAAGGUGAGGUAUUUAUUUUGUUAAUUUUUGCUGUUCAUGUUAUGCAGAGGUGAGGACUUUUAUUAUCCAAUGCCAGACAUGCUAUAAAUCCAUACCUUGCUAUAAAUUCUUGAGCCAGAGUAUUUUGCUGAGCUUAUGGAAAUGAGUAGGCUGUGUAAAUAGGUGUCUUAGCAGCCAAAGGCAUUUCUUGAAAGUUUUCUGUUCAAGUUUGUUGCAAAUGCAAUGUUUAAAGCACUGUAAAAUAAAUUCAUGGCGUUUCAGAAAUGCCCACAGAUCCCGAAUAUGGAAGAUUCUGCACAUAUGUUGCUGCCAGUUAACAUGCAGUGUCCUCUUUCAUACACAACAAGACUACUUAUUCUGUUUUGGAAAUUACUUCUAUAGUUAGAAGUGCAUAUUGAAAUUGACCCACAUGUCAUAUAAGCAGUAAAGGCAGUUUAUUUGCUGUUCAGUCUGUUGAUAAAUAGAUUAUAUUAAUUUCCAGAGUUGAUUAGUGUACACAGAUUUGGUGUGGCUUAUUCAGUGGAUCUGACUUCUUCAGGAAUAGAAAUUAGCCAAAGUGAGUGACAGGUGACACACGGGAAAUAUUGAAAUAUUUUUCUUGUAGGAUUUUAUAAAGGUAUAAAAAUAUCAAUGCUUUCCAUUACUGCAACUUUACAUAACACAAAUGUAGCCUUUGUUAAGAAUGCUGACCUCAUUUAUGCUGACAUCAUUAGAAAAAGUAAAGAUACUAAUGACUGUCUCAUACAAACUGUGAUCGAUUUUGGUGACAUGCCAACUUUUAAUGCAGUUUUCUGGUUUUAUUUACAGCACAGAGAUGGCUCAGGAGACAAACCAGACCCCAGGGCCCAUGCUGUGUAGUACCGGAUGUGGAUUUUAUGGGAAUCCUAGGACAAAUGGAAUGUGUUCCGUCUGCUACAAAGAACAUCUUCAGCGACAGCAGAAUAGUGGCAGAAUCAGUCCAAUGGGAACAGCCAGUGGUUCAAGCAGUCCUACCUCAGACUCUGCAUCAGUUCAGAGAGUAGAUGCUAGCUUAAACUGUGAAGGUGCUGCUGGCAGCACAUCUGACAAAUUAAGAAAUGUGCCUGUUGCUGCCUUGCCCGUAACACAGCAAAUGACAGAAAUGAGCAUUUCAAGAGAGGAAAAAGUAACACCGAAAACAGAGACAACAGAGCCAGUUGUUACUCAACCAAGUCCAUCAGUAUCUCAACCCAGUACUUCUCAGAAUGAAGAGAGUGCUCCUGAAUUGCCCAAACCAAAGAAGAACAGAUGCUUCAUGUGCAGAAAGAAGGUUGGCCUUACAGGAUUUGACUGCCGAUGUGGAAACUUGUUUUGUGGACUUCACCGUUACUCUGACAAGCACAACUGCCCAUAUGACUACAAAGCAGAAGCUGCAGCUAAAAUCAGGAAAGAAAAUCCAGUUGUUGUGGCUGAAAAAAUCCAGAGAAUAUAAACUAACCUACUUGUGAAAAGACUGACUUUGUUUUUAUUUUAAUAUAUCCUAGGAAAACAUUAAAGAGCAGAUGCAUGGCAUUUUCUUUUGAUGUUCUCCAGAGUUUUACUUUAGUCUUGUCUGUCUUAUUGAUAUUUCAGGAUGUUUGGGUGUUUGUUACAGGCAGAAUUGGAUAGAUACAGCCCUUCUAAAAUGUAUAUGCCCUCCCCAGAAUAAAAUUGGAUUAAUUAAGACCUGCACAGGAAGCUAGAAAUGCACAGAGAACAAAUUGUCUAGUUCACAUGUGCCAAACAAAUGUGUAAAAUCUGCAUGUCUGCAGCAGAUCUGCCUUGUAGGAAUGUAAUUGAGGUAUACCAUCUUUGGCUAGUGUUACAUGCCUGUUUGGGUGGAAAAGAUACACCAGAAAAAAGUUGGCAGUCUACUUCUAUCAUAGUUAAAUCUUCUCCUAUCUUUAAUUUCCACAAUUCAUUGUUUUGAAGCAGAAUGUGAGCUUACAUAGAGGAUCCACCUUACAUAGAGGAGUGUUGGUGCCAUAUUUAAGAUAUAGUUAAAGUUGUUUAAUGCAGCAGGAAAAGUGAGAAAUUCUGAGACUUAAAGGGUGUGAAUGAUCCUGGAAAUGACUACAUUAUAUAGUUCAGAACAAUCAGAGCAGGUUCCCAAAGGAAAUGCCCUCUUAGAAACUUGAUGAACUGGCCUGCAACAGAAGGUUUGUCUGCUUUACUCUUGCAUAGCUAAAAAUGUUGUGUAGCACAAUGCUGUAAGAUUUUUAUUUACAAAAGAAAAAGCUAUUUGAUUUUAGAUUUACCACAGCAGCUCUAUCAAGUAACAACAAUAUGUUGGCAUCUAAGUUGCAAAGAUAUUUGAGCAGUUUAAUUUUUCGUGUAUCUUCAUGUUGGGUUCAAGAGAAUAAGAGCUUUUUUUAUUUAAUAGUUUUUUAAAUAUAAGAUGGCACCAUUCUGCAUGGAAAACCAUACCCAACAUAGCUGCUGUAGACUUAAGUGGUACCUGGCACCACUCUGAGGGCUGCUUUAUCAUUUUAAAUUGUAUUUGGGUGUAGGACUGUAGUGUUCUUGGGUGUAUUGCAUGGGCUGCAUUAUCUACAGCAUUGUACAAUAACUCUAGAAAAGGCAGUAUACUUCACUGAUGCUUGUCUGGUAAUAUCACUUCUGUGUUAUAAUGGAAGUUUUUUUGUGAUGUAUGAAACUUGUUUUUUAUAUAAAUCAGUACAGUUUAGACUAGUGUUGUGGUAAUGCCUGUUAUCAUCUGUAAAUAGUUAACUACGUACACAAGGCGCUACUUCUGAUUUUUAUUGCAGUGUUCAGUCUUAGUUUUUACUUCACUAUUAAAAGCAUCAGGUUUUUUGCUUUAACUUUGUCCUUCAGUUCUGAGUUAUUAGAUAUGCAAAUGUGUACAGAUAGUUCAUAUUUAUGUAUUGCACAUAAUCAUGCUACCCAGCAUCUAUGCUAUGUUGUAUUAUGUAAAUAAUAAAAUCAUGUACAGAGGGAAAUAA